AUGAAAGGUGACUAUAGAACUGGAAAGAAAAUUAAUAUGAAGAAAGUAAUUCCAUAUAUUGCUUCUGGAUUUAAAAAGGAUAAAAUUUGGCUUAGAAGAACAAGAGCACAGAAAAGAGACUAUCAAAUAUUAGUUGCAAUAGAUGACUCUCAAUCAAUGAUUAUAAAUAACGCUGGUGAAAUGGCAUUAGAGACAGUUGCUUUAUUGUCUAGUGCUUUAACUAAAUUAGAAGUAGGAGAAUUAAGUGUUGUUAGAUUCGGAGAAGAUGUAAAAUGUAUUCAAAAGUUUGGAACAACAUUUAAUGGAGAAGAUGGAGCAAGAAUUGUUAAAGAAUUCCAAUUUAACCAAAAUAAUACUGACAUGGUUAAAUUAAUGAAGUCUUUGUAUGUCUAUUUACAUGAGAGUGGACUUGUUUGUCAACGAUAUAACCCUUCUAUUGAACUGGAUGUUAAACAAAUUAUUUUUAUCCUCUCAGAUGGACGAUUCUCUGACAAAAAAGGUAUUUCUAAAAUACUAAGAGACUUCUCUUCAAUGAAAACUUUUGUUGUUUUCAUUGUCUUAGACAAUCCUUCAAAUGAAUCAAUUCUUGAAAUGAAAAGUGUUAACUUUGAAAAUGGACAAGUUAAUGUUGAACAUUAUAUGGAUACUUUCCCAUUCCCUCACUACAUUAUUCUUCAUGACUUAAACACUUUACCGAAUGUUUUAGCUGAAGCACUGAGACAAUGGUUUGAAAUGACAACCCAAAACUAA